CUACUUUAUGCCCCAAGCGGGCUAAAUGGAGGGAUUGUGACUGCAAAAACUCUCAUAUACAGGAGGAGAACUUUUUAAUAUAGGCUAUUGCAGACAAGUUAGUAGUUCCAGGUGCCGCGGCUGAGGUGUUUUGCUAUUACUGCGUUCUUAACGCAGAUCAAAAUGGGCUCAUGAAACUGUUUUCCUGUUUGGAAACAUCUGUGGAAUGUGUCAACAGAUGAAGUUUGACACUUAAGUUUGAGUUGAGCAUACAAACGUUGACAGAUUUGGCUUCAUCUUAGUGCACUGGCAGAACACUAACGCUAAAGUUUACCCAACCUCAACUCUGACGGCAUUUGUGUGGCAUGGAGCCAGACGGGGACCUAAACCCCGAUGCAGAUGACCUUCCACUCCGAGCCAAUACUAACCACAUACUUGUCAGACAUUAUGUGCUGGACCUGACCGUUCAUUUUGACCGGAAGGUCAUCAGUAGUAGUGUUGUUUUAUUCUUGGAGCCUUGCUCUGGAGUUGGGACUAAGGACACUGGAGCUGGUGAGGCAGCUGGGUCUAUAGAGGCUGGAGGGAGUCAGGAUGUGGAUACAAUGGAGCCUGGUGCAAAAGGACUUGGAAAGAACGCGACAAGGAUGGAGGAGAUGUUUGCUAGAGAAAGAAACAGAGCUGAGUUUCAAGCUCUGUCUGGAGCUGGCUCGCAGACUGUGGCUGAAACUGAAACUAUUCAAUCUUCACAUUUGUGGGAAACCACCAGUGACGGUGAUUUCACCUUAGUGCUGGACUGCUGUGACCUCGAUGUGUCAAAGGUUGAAGAGGUGGAUGUCACCUCCGUGUCAGCCAUGUCUGACCUCCUACCAGAGGUCACACCUGAUAGGCUGGAUGUCAGUUCAGUGAACCCACAAGCAGCCUUUAUUCAGGACCUUAUCUCCAUGCCCUCUUGCCAAUGGAGGCAGAAGCACAAGCUCUUAUUGCUGUGUAGCUGUGCCCCUGGUAUCCAGGAUGGCAAUUCACUGCAUUUUUAUAGAGACCGAUGGAGUCUGCAGGUGAGGAAGAAGGGGGUCACGUCACCUCUGGAGUUCCCUCGUGCCCUCAGGAUCUGCUAUGAGACGAGGCCAACGGGAGCCUCUGUGAAGUGGACCAAAGACCAGGACAACAGGGUGUGUGUUUACACUGCCGGCUCUCCCAUCAACAACCGAGCCCUCUUCCCCUGCCAGGAGCCGCCUGUUGCCAUGUCAACAUGGCAGGCAACAGUACGGGGCCCCAGUGAGUGUGUGGUUCUGAUGAGUGGGGAGGAGCAGACGGCACCUAUUGAGGACGUGGACACAUGUUUCUUAAUCUGGAAUUACUACGUCACCAUGCCCAUGCCUGCAUCAACGUUCACCUUGGCAGUGGGCCACUGGCGGCAAGUCACAGUAGAAAAUCCCCUAGCAGUGGAAGAAGGGGCGUGGGACAAGAAGGAUUGUGGUAAGACAGCCAAACGUGAGGCUGAACCUGGGGAAUGGACCAAGGCUGAGCUUGUGUCUGGACUUGGAAGCUCCACCAGCAAAGUAGUAAAAGGUUCUCCACUCCAGACUGGCAGUGGAGACAAGACCACCUGCUCAGAUUCUGCACUCUGUUACUCUUCCCUUGAGGAUGAGGGGCUCUCCGUAACUGAUUAUUCAGGCAUGGUGGAUGACGGCAUCUCUUGUUCCCAUGGCGACUACCCUUGCCGAUUUACUAAGCGGUCGGCUAGGUCCCAGCGGGUGAUUCCGCACCGUGUGUUUGGCCCCGUCUGCUUGCUGCAGAAGGCCCAGAUGGUCCUCAAGCUGAUGCGUCGAUGUUUGGCUGCAGCCCACACCAUUCUGGGAGUUCACCCCUUUCCCCGCCUUGAUAUUCUCAUCGUCCCAGCAGGAUUCUCAAGUCUGGGCAUGGCCAGCCCACAUAUCAUCUUCCUGUCCCAGAGUGUGCUAUAUACUGAGAGUCCUGGUUCUGGCGAGAGCGGUCUGUCGCUGUGUGGGUCCAGGUUGUGCCAUGAGAUUGCCCACUCCUGGUUUGGCCUGGUUAUCGGAGCCAGAGACUGGACCGAAGAAUGGAUCAGUGAGGGCUUUGCCACCUACCUGGAGGACAUUAUCUGGGCCCAAGCACAACAACUCUCCUUACAAGACACAGCAGAACAGUCUGACCUAAAGGCACUGCUGAGGUGGCGACGGCUCUCUGAUGAGUUGAAAAACUCAGAGGAAGGACUUCAAAUCCUCAGACCGAACAUGGAGAACACUGGUCAGGUCAGCGAGUCUGGCUCCUCCACAGUUAAACAUGCCCUCAACCCUGACAAAGCCUUCAUGCAAGUUCACUACCUCAAGGGUUACUUCCUCCUCCGGUUCUUAGCCAGUCAAGUGGGAGAGCAACAAUUCAUCGACUUCUUCAGAUUAUUUGUGAAGAAAUACCACGGCCAGCUCAUUUUGUCUCAGGAUUUCCUGCGAAUGCUGCUGAUUACCUUUCCCGACAUGGAGAGAAAAGGCCUCACCCUCAGUGCUAUUUAUGCUGACUGGCUCGAUCGACCGGGCAUUCCAAAGUGGCUGUAUGAAAGGAGCGCCGUGUGGUCACAGGCGAGGCUGGUGGAAGAAGUCAAAGCAGAGGUUGUAAAAUGGAUUCUCCUCAGUCAGAGUCAUCAGGGGAAGGGCAGAAAGCGGAAGAGAAUAGAGCCCAAGGUGAAAUACAAAGAGGUGACGUCGGAGCAGCUAGUGAUGCUUUUGGAGCUUCUGCUCGAGGAAGAGGAGCUGGGCGCAGCAACACUGAGCGCUCUGCAGAGAACUUACUAUCUACAGAAUCAAGACGCUGAGGUGCGACAUCGCUGGUGUGAGCUGGUGGUCAAACAUGCAUACACUCAGGCUUACAGAGAUGUGGAACACUUUCUCGUUCAUGACCAGGCUAUGGGUGUAUAUUUGUAUGGAGAGCUGAUGGUUCAGGAGGACCCUGAGCAGCAGGCUCUGGCCUGUCGAUGUCUCUCGUUGGUCCAGGAAGAAAUGGACCAAUCGGCACGCAGAGUGGUGGAGGAGAUGGUCCUGUGACACUGAAGGUAGCCGACUACAGACGGAGAUGAAACCACUGGCACACAGGGUGUACCGGGGUUCAGCACUCACCUCCUCUUCCUCCUCCUCUGUAGAAGAUGAGACGCUGGAGAAUUGCUCAGCAGCGUAAACACCAGAAGGCUGUGCUCUUACUCUACAACUGAGGCCAACUGGCAAGUUUUAGAGCACAGCAGUUCUGUUCAUUCAAGAAAGAGUCAGUGUGUGUGUGUGAACAUGCUGUUCCUAGUCAGAUGUUGUUUGAUUAUAUUAUUGUUGUGGUAAGAGAGAACAAUGUGAUAAUUUCACCUGUUUUAAAAUGAUCAUGGGAAAAGAAACAUUUCACUGAACCUCUGUUCAUGUUUAAGAACCUGAGCUGCUGAGUUUUGAGUUAGUUUUUGUAUGUGUGUGGCUGUUCAUGUGUGUUUAGUCUGAAGUCAUGAUCUGGUUCUUAAUAGUUUAGACUGGAAAUACUUGGAGGUGAGUCAUGUUUUUAUACAUACCAAAUGACUUCAUCCUGGCCUGUAACAACACUGGAAAAUAUACAACCAAUGACUCCCAGGGGCAUUUCUAGAAGUGUGAAUGAUGUAUUUUGUUUGUUUAAUUUUAAGUGAAACUCUUUGAGAUGUUUGUGUUAAAAUAAAAUGUUUUCUUGAAA